GUGGCUUAUUCUUUCCAGUACAACGUAGUGUCUGUCUUAGCGCGUGAGGAAGUGGGCUACAUCUGUCAGUUAAUUUGGGGUUGUGUGUUUUAUUUCAUCAUUGCGAAUACUUUGAGGGUAUUUGUAAUAUUUAUACUAGUGUUUGCGUAAGAUAAAACACAUUACAAAGCUGAGCGAGUCUUUACGCGAAGAAAGUAGGCCAACAACAAGGUGGAAAAUGCCCGGAGAAGCGGUCGUCGUCACACUGGAAAAGGACACUGGGUCCCCCACGUCUUUCCCGGUUGUUCUGAAGAAAAUAAUGGAAAUGCCUCCGCCGAAUAUACUGGACGGCGAUGAGGACACUGACAAGGAGAAGCUGUGUUUGGAUGGUGAUGCCGACCUGGGCGGAGGAGUCAGCGGGAUGGGCCCGUCAGCUGCCCUCACCCCCGCUAUCUGGGACAAGACCAUCCCCUAUGACGGCGAGAACUUCCACUUGGAGUACAUGGACCUCGAGGAGUUCCUCAUGGAGAACGGCAUUCAGAACUCAGCGGAAGAAGAUGAGGAGGUCGUCAAGACGGGGAAGGUGAAGGUUAAGCCCGCCGGCAUGUCUCUGCUGCCCAUUCAGGAGCUGGACAAGUGUGAUGAAGAGGUGGUGAUCAUCGCUAACUGCGAGACGGACAUCACGUGUGAUGUUACGGCAGAUGAAGAAGCAGAGAGCGCAACCCCAGAGCCCAUCAGCCCUGACGAAAUAGAGGUGGAAGUCAACUACGAGCCAGACCCCACGGACCUGGUCUUGUCAAGUGUGCCGGGCGGCGAGCUCUUCAACCCCCGCAAACACAAGUUCAGCGAAGAAGAGCUCAAGCCUCAGCCUAUGAUCAAGAAAGCGAAGAAGGUGUUUGUUCCCGAGGAGCAGAAGGACGAGAAGUACUGGCAGAGGCGAAAGAAAAACAACGUAGCAGCCAAGCGCUCACGCGAUGCCCGCAGGCUAAAGGAGAACCAGAUCACGGUGCGAGCGGCGUUCCUGGAGCGGGAGAACUCGGCGCUGAGGACAGAGGUGGCGGACCUGCGCCAGGAGUGCGGCCACUUCAAGAAGAUGGUGGAUCAAUACGAAUCCAAAUUUGGAAAAUUGUAAGGGACGCAACACGGUUGUAGCCAGACUGCAUCACUCGCUGGGUGGUCACCAAAGCUUUUAGGAACUGAUGGACAGACGGAGGGGGCGGGGCAUGAUAGUGGCACACCCCUGUCACUUCCUGCUGCGGUGGCUUGGGAAAUGUCCUUCAACAUAAACAAUAUGUCAUCUUUGUUCUCUUCUUUUUCAAGUGCGAAGCCAGAAGACCUUUGAUUUAUUUUUUAAACAUGUGAGUAAAUCAAUCAAACAUUGAGGUUUGGGGGGGUCAGGGGGGGCUGAAUGGAUGGAACGUGGGAGAAGAGGCGAUGCAAUGCAACCGGAUAUUUUUCAAGCUUUUAUUUUGAAGCAUUCAUGUGUAUUUACACCUAACUAAGCAUUUUGACUUUGGUGGCAUUUAUGGGCUCAUUAUGUAUAUUUUUGAGGGAUACUUAUGUAGCCGUUACUAUAGUUUAACCAUAUGGUGUUGAAGUAGCGACUUCUCCUUCUUUCCAUGUUUUUUUUAAAAAACUACUUUUUUCACGCAUAGCAAAAUACUGUGAUAUUUCUUCAGGGGAUUACAGUGACACUCUGGCCUUCCUGCUUUCACUUUUUAUGUGUCUACCGCUCGUGAUGCUUCUUAUAAAGUGUCCAAACUCUUUUGUCAAUGCACGUCCACAUCGUUACAUUCGUAGUACAAGGACAAAACUCAUUGAAUGCAUCUUUUGCAUGGAUAUGAACCUGCAGGGAACUCCUGCCUGAGUACGCCGAUAAAGCAAGUUCUAGUUGAUGCUUAAUUUAUUUGGAUCCUCUUUCUGGAUUUAUUGUCUUGUCUUUAUCAUUUCACAGCCACACAGAAAUUAAAGAAUCAUUUCAUCAAUGAAGUGUUUUAUUCCACACUUAAGUGCUUCCAUUUUUUUUUUUUUGAAAUUCAGCUGAGUUUGUAUGUCUUAAAAUGAUCAGCUCUUGUUUGUUACCAAGGAAUAUUCAAUAUUAUACGGUGUGUCUCUGGGAUUUUGUAGAAUUAUGACAUAACUCUAUAUGUCAAAUACUUCCAGCCUUAUUCAUUUACAGUGAAAUGCACUGUUGACUAUGGAGAGUACAUAAUAUGUAUCACAUUGAAACGGUGUGUAAUAUCAGGUUGAUAUGAAUAAUGGACUUUCUAUCACAGUCUCUUUGUAAAGUAGUUGAGUGUGGUUACCUUCAUGUACAUACAUAUAUUGUGUAUAAAUAAAGCCUUGUUGAGAAA